AUGGGAACCCUGAAGUUAAUCGAAGUCGAAAACUUCAAAUCGUGGAAAGGGCGACAGUUGAUUGGGCCCUUCAUGCGCUUCAACUGCAUUAUCGGUCCGAAUGGAUCAGGUAAUGAGCGGUGCCCCGAGGCCGACAACAGCCGUGAUCGCUCUCCCACUACCCCUCCCUCGACAUUGCCGCCGACACCUCCUCAUCCCUUGAUUCCUGACCUCCUCCUAAGGAGGGGUUGGGGGAAGUCCAAUAUAAUGGAUGCUAUCAGUUUUGUGAUGGGCGAGAGAACUGCUAAUCUGAGAGUGAAGCACAUGAAGGACCUGAUUCAUGGUGCUCAUAUUGGACAUCCUGUGUCACCUAUGGCCAGGGUCACUAUGCUGUAUGAGAUGGAAAAUGGAGAGGAGUUAGCAUUUACCAGAGCCAUUGUUGGUAAUUCUUCAGAAUUUCGAUUAAAUGAUAAAGCUAUCAGUCGAACAGAGUACUCACAUGAACUUGAAAAAAUUGGCAUUCUACUGAAAGGUAGAAACUGCCUGGUGUUUCAGGGAACUGUGGAGAAUAUUGCAAUGAAGAAACCCAAAGAAAGAACACAAUUGUUUGAACAAGUCAGCAACUCAGGGGAAUUGUCUAAUGAAUAUGAUAUGAAGAAGAAGGAAAUGAUAAAUGCAGAAGAAGAAGCUCGAUUUAACUACAAUAAAAAGAAAAACGCAGCUGUUGAGCGCAAGCAUGCAAAAUAUGAGAAAGAAGAGGCAGAUCGUUACCAAGUGUUGGUUGAAGAACUGAAAGAAAGCAAAAUUCAAUUGAAACUCUUCCUUUUGUAUUAUAAUGAGAAGCUUAUGGAAAAUUUAUGCAAUGAUUUGCAAGCAAAAAGUGAAGUUAUAAAUAGUCAGAAAUUAGAGAAGGCCACAACAGAGGAAGAAGUGAGAACUGUGAAGAAAGAGUUGGGUAAACUGAACCGAGAGCUGCAAAAAGUGGAGAAGGAGAUAAAAGCUCAUGAAUCUAACCUGAACGAGAGGCGGCCCAGCUAUAUAAAAGCCAAGGAGAACACAAGGCACCUUAUUAAAAAGGUUGAGAUGGCUAAAAAUUCUAUGAAAAACAGUGAAAAGCAAUACAACAAACACCAGCAAGAGGUGAAGGAUCUGGAAUCAGAACUUGAAGACCUGAAUAAACUGUUGGUAGAAUAUGAGGAAAAGGUACAAGCAGAACUCAGCAGCAGAGGUCAGAGCAUGGAACUGGAAGAGAGCCAAAUGGAGGAGUAUAAAGAACUGAAAGAACUGGUGAGAAAAAAGGUGUUUACAGUGGCUCAUGAUCUAGAGAAACUGCGAUGGGAACAGAAAGCUGAUCAAGGCAAACUGGAACUGGAACAAAGGAACUAUAAACAUCUGGAAAUUCGAAUUAGACACACGGAAUUGGAAAUAGAAGAUUAUAUGAAAAGAAUAGAAAAGCUUGAGGAAUAUGUUAAUACCUGCAAGGUUUCUCUGACUGAGCAGAAACACCAGGAAGAAGACUUGAUUAAUGAAAUAAAAAAUGCUAAGCAACGUAUCAGUGAUGUCAGUGAAAAACUAAAUGAGGUGGCUGGUGAGCUGCAGAAUGCAGGGAUUGAUCACCGUGAAGGCCAUCGCCAACAAAGGAAAGCUGAAAUACUUGAGAGCUUAAAGCGUUUGUACCCAGAUUCUGUGUAUGGAAAACUUGUGGAUCUAUGUCAUCCUAUCCACAAGAAGUACCAGAUAGCUGUCACCAAAGUUUUUGGAAGAUACAUUAAUGCUAUUGUGGUUGCUACUGAGAACACAGCCAGAGAUUGUAUUAAGUAUUUGAAAGAGGAACGAGCUGAACCAGAGACUUUUUUGGCAUUAGAUUACCUGGAACUAAAACCAAUCAAUGAACAGUUGCGUGAAAUUAAAGGAGCCAAAAUGAUGAUUGAUGUAGUUCAGUGUGUAUCACCACAGUUGAAGAAAGUGGUACAGUUUGUUUGUGGCAAUGGACUAGUAUGUGAAAGUCUGAAAGAAGCCAGACAGAUUGCAUUUGAAGGACCAGAAAGACUUAAGACAGUGGCAUUGGAUGGAACACUCUUCCUGAAGUCUGGUGUUAUCUCUGGGGGAUCCUGUGAUCUAAGGUUUAAAGCUAGAUGCUGGGAUGAGAAGGGCAUCAGUCAGCUGAAAGAAACCAAGGAUAAGCUGAAAAAUGAGCUCCGGGACUUAAUAAAAGUAAACAGGAAAGAAGCUGAAUUAAGGCAGUUGCAGGCUCAAAUCAAGGGUGUAGAGACCAGGAUGAGAUAUUCCUUGAGUGAUCUGGAGCAAACUAAGAAAAAGCAAUUGGCUAAUCGUCAAAUGGAAAGGUCAAAACUAGAAAGUACAUUGGCCAAUUUGAAGUCCCUGUUGGCUAUGGUAAGAUCAAAUAUUGAGGAUCGUGAUUUGAAAAUGCAAGAGAUUCAGUCUCAAAUAAAUGAUGUUGAAGAUAAAGUGUUUGAAGAUUUCUGCAUCAAGAUAGGUGUAGCAAAUAUUCGUGAAUAUGAGGAUGAACAUGUGAAGCAUUUAGAAGAAAUAACUAAGAAAAGGUCAGAGUUUGAGAACCAAAAAACACGGUUGGCAAUCCAACUUGAAUACUUACAUGAUAGGAUUACAGAGGAUGUUAGAAAAAUUACUAAGUGGAAAGAAGCUAUUGCAAAAGAUGAAGAAGAAAUUAUGAAGUUGAAGAAGGAAGAGUUACAGUUAAUGAGAGUUGUAGAUGAAAUCAUGGCAAUGCAGCAGGAUUCUACUAACCAGCUUUUAAUUAUAAAGACACAAAUCCAGGAUGUGCAAAAGAAACUUGAUGAAGCCAGAAAGAAAUUAUCAAAUACUGACAGGGAGUUGACAAAGUUUCAGAAAGAGCAUGUUUCUAUUGAAGCAUCUAUAGAACAAAAAAGGUUGGAGCGACACAAUCUUCUGAUUGCCUGCAAAGUCCAGGAUAUACAGAUUGAAUUACUCCAGGGCAAACUAGAAGAAAUUGGUGAGGUUGGAACAGAAGAAGAAAGCACACAGGCAACAGUAGAUAUCUUUGAAUUGGAAGCUGGUUUUGUAAUAGACUACAGCGAGUUACCAACAGAUCUGAAAGGUCUUACAUCCCCUAAAGAAAUUGGGAUAGAGGAGGAUAGACUGAAUAGGUUAUUAGAAGAAAAGGAGAAGAUUUUACACAAAACAACUGCACCAAAUCUGAGAGCAGUAGAAAAGCUACAAAAUGUGUGUGAUAAGUUUGAACAAUCAGUCAAUGCAUUUGAUUUAAGCAGAAAGAAAGCUAGAAUCUGCAGACAGGAGUUUGAACAUGUCAAAAGAAGGAGAUACAAUUUGUUUAACCACUGUUUUGAGCAUGUUUCAGUGAAAAUUGAUCAAAUCUACAAGAUGAUGUGCCAGAAUAGCAGUGCUCAGGCAUUCCUCAGUCCUGAGAACUCUGAGGAACCUUACUUGGAUGGUAUUGGUUACAACUGUGUGGCUCCUGGGAAACGAUUCAUGCCUAUGGAUAACUUGUCAGGAGGAGAAAAGUCAGUAGCAGCAUUGGCACUGCUUUUUGCUAUUCACAGUUAUCGGCCAGCUCCUUUUUUUGUGCUUGAUGAAGUUGAUGCUGCCUUGGACAACACAAACAUUGGAAAAGUUACAAAUUACAUCCGAGAACAAUCCAAGAAGAGCUUUCAAGUGAUUGUGAUUUCACUAAAGGAAGAAUUCUAUUCAAAAGCUGAUGCAUUAAUUGGUGUAUAUCCAGAGCAAGGUGAAUGCAUGUCCAGUCAACUUUUGACCUUCGACCUUACACUUUACAAAGAAAAUACCAAAUCGGAACAGCAGCAACAGCCAAGUCAGGAUGAUUAAUAUGAUAUAUACUUAGGUUUAAGAUAAAACCAGUGAGUUGAACCAAAAUGUUACGUUUCACUUGUUAUCUUUAAACACUGGUUAUCUUUAUUGUUUCCAACUCUGUUGAAUAAGGAAUUCCCGUUCAAAUAUUUUGCAUGUUUUGGUUGCUCUGAAAGUUUAAGGACAGACAAAAAAAGAAAUAAGGCACCAUUUAAUUGAUGUUAAUUUGACUUUGCAACUAUCCCACAAACACUACUUGACCAGAAGUUAAGAUUCAGCUUCUCCACACCUCAACCUACCUUAAAUCAGGUCAUUUGAAUAUAAACAAUACAUAAUACAGAUUUUUAAUCAAUUUCAGAAAUGUUUUCAAAUCUUUAAAUAAACCACAGACAUUUUUGGUUAAUGUAACACUUUUGUACUUUUACUUUUCUGAGAACAAUUAUCUGUCCAAGUCAGAAAAUGGCAUUGAAGAGGUGAUCAAUAUUGUGCUUAGUACAGGGAACCUAAUGAUCACAUUUAUCCUUUUAAGAAGUUGCUAUAGAAAAUAAGAGUAACAAUAAUGAUGAGUUAUUCAAAAGAUUUUAAAGGUAGAUACAGCUUCUGCAGUGAAUUCCUAAUAAAAUGAUAGUAUUUCAGUAUUGAGGAAAAAUACAUGGAGAAAUAUUUUAGAAAGUAUAAAAAUCACGUUUGACAGUUUUACUCCCAUUGAAGGAUUGAGAUUCUAUCUUUGUAUUGCAUAAUGCUGGUUUAGUUGCCACAAUGCCAGCUACAAAUUCAUAUAAACUUGUGCAACAGGGUUCACAUUGAAUAUGGCCUAUGUACACAUUAGAAUCUAGCAGCUCAACUUUUACUUUACAGUGGACAUCAAUCAGUCAGCAUCUUGAACACAAUGAAUCCAUGAACUUAUUACAGCAAUAAGUUCAGCAAUACAGUGCCAAGUAUAGCAAUAACAGUGCCAAAAUGAUGGUUCCAUGCAAUAGGCACCAUAUCUGUAAUGCAUUGUUUGUUGCAAACAGUUGAAUUGAAAACAUUUUGUUGUCACCUUCUUCAGUUGCAUCUCAGGCUUUUAAUUUUGUUUCUUAAAGCUGCUCAAUUUUUAUCUAAAUGUAUAUAUGUUUUAUUUAGAUUUUAAGUACUAGUUCUAUAUUCAUUGCCUGGAUGAUGCACCAUUUCUUUCAACCUUGUUUUUUUGUGUAUUUUUGAGCUGAAGUUGACACAAUUUAAAAGUCUGAAAAGUGGAGGUGAAAAUUUGCUUAACACUGAAUGCCAUAAAAGUCGUAAUUUUAGGCAUAAUUUUGAAAAAGUGAGCAGAAGACUGAUGGGUACUUGAGUGAAUUGUUAGGAACAUUAUGUAUUAAAUUUAAUAGAAGGCCAAGGCAAAACAGAGAAAUAGAGAUUGAAAGGAUUAAUGCCUGAAUGAUUCAAUUGCCUGAAAGGAAACAAUUAUUGCCUGCAUAUUAAUAGGCUGAUAGAGUAAAGGACAAAAAGGAGCCAUUAUUGACAUAGCUUUCACAAGGAAAACAGAAAAUGAGACAAAAGAAAAAGAUGAACAGCAGGCAAGGUAGCAAAGAGAAGCAUGAUAAACUAUGUAGGAAACAAGCCACAGAUUGUGGAAUGAUGCACUAGUUCUAAAAUAGAAAUGUUGAGUUUCAACUAACAAUUGAGAU